AUGGCUGCACUGAUUCUGCUGUUCUGCCUCAUUCUGCUGAGUACAGUGAUUAAUAGGAGUGAGGCCUGUUUCUGUGAUCACUACCCAUGGACUCAGUGGUCCAGCUGUUCCAAAACCUGUAAUUCUGGAACCCAGAGCAGACAAAGACAAAUAAAGGUGGAUGGCUACUACCGGGUUAACUCAUGUGAUCAGCUUUGCACCAAGCAGGAGACAAGAGAGUGCAACUCACAGAUAUGUCCCAUCAACUGUGUUCUGGGAGACUAUGGGCCCUGGUCAGACUGUGACCCUUGUCUUGCAAAACGGUCUAAAGCUAGAUCUGUCUUACGCCCCAGUCAGUUUGGGGGACAGCCAUGUACUGAGCCCCUGGUGACCUUUCAACCAUGCAUUCCAUCUAAGCUCUGCAACAUAGAAGAGGCUGACUGCAAGAAUAAGUUUCGCUGUGACAGUGGGCGCUGCCUUCUCAGCAAGUUAGAAUGCAACGGAGAAAAUGACUGCGGGGACAACUCAGAUGAAAGGCACUGCGGGAGAACCAGGGCGGUGUGCCCCCGGAAGCACGCUCCCGUUCCCGGAGCGCAGCUGAUGGGCGCUGGGUUUCAUUUUCUGGCAGGAGAGCCCAGAGGAAAUGUCCUUGAUAACUCCUUCAUGGGAGGAAUAUGUAAAACUGUCAAAAGUAGCCGAGCAAGUAAUCCAUACCGAGUCCCAGCCAACCUGGAGAACGUCAACUUUGAGGUACAAACUCUAGAAGAUGAUUUGGAAACAGAUUUUUACAAAGAUUUAGUUACUCUGGAAAAAGAUAAAGAUGAACAAGCCCUUCUGUUGGAUGCAGAUAAGAGCUCUUUCCAUGUGCCAAUAUUUUACUCCUCAAAGAAAAAAAAAAUCUCCAAACAUAACUCAGCCUUCCAACAAGCCAUUCAUGCCUCCCACAAAAAGGAUUCUAGUUUUAUUAGGAUCUAUAAAGUGAUAAAAGUCUUAAACUUCACAAUGAAAGCGAAAGAUCUGCAGCUGUCUGAUGUCUUUCUGAAAACACUUAACCAUCUGCCUUUAGAGUACAACUUCGCUCUGUACAGCCGCAUAUUUGAUGACUUUGGAACUCACUACUUCACUUCAGGCUCCCUGGGUGGGGCGUAUGACCUUCUGUACCAAUUUAGCCGGGAGGAGCUAAAUAACUCAGGUUUAACAAAAGAAGAAAUCCAAAACUGUGUUCGAUAUGAAACAAAGAAACGUUUUGGUUUUGUUAAGAAAACAAAAGUGGAACACCGGUGCACAACCAACAAAUUGUCUGAAAAAUAUGAAGGUUCAUUUUUGCAAGGAACAGAGAAAUCCAUAUCCCUGGUCCGAGGUGGGAAAAGUCAAUACACAGCUGCUUUGGCCUGGGAAAAAGGGAGUUCUGGUCCAGAGGAGACAGUCUUUUCUCAGUGGUUAGAAUCUGUGAAGGAGAACCCUGCUGUGGUUGACUUUGAGCUUGCUCCCAUCAUGGACUUGGUCAGAAACAUCCCCUGUGCUGUGACAAAACGGAACAACCUCAGGAAAGCUUUCAGAGAAUAUGCAGCCAAGUUUGACCCUUGCCAGUGCGCCCCGUGUCCCAACAAUGGACGUCCUGUGCUCUCGGGGACUGAAUGCAUGUGUGUAUGCCAGAGUGGCACCUAUGGUGACAACUGUGAGAGGCGGUCUCCUGAUUAUACCUCUGAUGCAGUGGACGGGAGCUGGGGCUGCUGGUCACCCUGGAGCCCGUGCAAUGCUGCCUAUAAGAGAUCGAGAAGCCGAAAGUGCAAUCACCCCGCCCCGCAACACGGAGGGAGACGCUGUGAGGGAGAGAAGCAGCAAGAGGAAGACUGCACAUUUUCAAUAAUGGAAAAUGUUGGACCUUGUAUCAGUGAUGGUGAAGAAAUGAAAGAGGUUGAUCUUCCUGAGACAGAGUCAGAUUCAGGGUGUCCUAGGCCAGUUCUUCCGGAAAAUGCCUUCAUCUGGAAUGAAAAGAAAGUAUACUCUGUUGGGGAAGAAGUUGAAAUUUCAUGCCUUACCGGAUUCAGAGCUGUUGGGUACCAGUACUUCAGAUGCUUACCAGACAGGACCUGGAGACAAGGGGAUGUGGAAUGUCAACGGACAGAGUGCUUCAAGCCAGUUGUACAGGAAGUCCUUACACUCUCACCAUUUCAGAGAGUAUAUAAGAUUGGUGAAUCCAUUGAGUUGUCCUGCCCCAAAGGCUUUGCUGUUAGUGGGCCAACAAGGUACACCUGCAAGGGAGAUUCCUGGACACCUCCCAUUUCAGAUUCACUAACCUGUGAAAAAGAUAUGUUGACAAAAUUGCAGGGUCCUUGUCAGCCAGGACAAAAGCAGUCAGGAUCCAAAUGUGUUUGCAUGUCUCCAGAAGAAGACUGUAGCAGUUAUUCAGAAGAUCUCUGUGUAUUUGAUAUGGGAUCCAGCCGCUACUUUACUUCAUCUGCUUGUAAAUUUUUGGCUAAGAGAUGUUUAAAUAAUGAGAGCCUUCAUUUUGUACAUAUUGGUUCCUGCCAAGACGGUCCACAGUUAGUAUGGGGUCUUGAAAGGAUAAAACUUGCAUUGAACAGCACAAAGCAGGAAUCCUGUGGCUAUGACACCUGCUAUGACUGGGAAAAGUGUUCAGCUUCCACCUCCAGUUGUAUCUGCCUGCUGCCACCACAGUGCCCCAAAUCCGGACACCAACUCUACUGUGUUAAAAUGGGAUCAACACACAGGAAAGCAGUAAAUAUGUGUGUAGUGGGAGCUGUGAGAUGUGCAAACUGGAAGAUGGAAAUCCUGUACCCUGGGAACUGUUUGGACUAGCACAGUUACUGAGAAACGUAUUUACAAUUUAAAAACAAUGUCUUAUUGCCUCCUCCUCAUAGCUGACGGCAAACCCCACAAUGCAAAAUCCACAUUCUCCAACAAGGAGAGUCUCUGCAGAGCGGGGAG